CGCGCGGUGGAUGCUGGGAGUUGUAGUCCGGGCGGCCAUGGCGGAGGAGGGCGAGAGGAAGGCCGCGCUGGAGACGGUCCAGGCAGAUGGGACAGAUGGAAACUGCGUCACGUUUGUGUUGCAUGAUGAGGACCACACACUCGGCAACUCUCUCCGAUAUAUGGUCAUGAAGAACCCUGAUGUGGAGUUCUGUGGCUACUGCAUCACGCAUCCCUCUGAAAGCAAGAUCAACUUCCGGAUCCAGACAAGAGGGGGCCUUCCUGCUGUUGAGCCGUUCCGGAAAGGGCUGAAUGACCUGAUGGGUGUUUGCCAACAUGUGCUUAACACCUUUGAGAGGAGCAUGAAGGAAUACAGGGCCCAGAGGGAGGAAGAGAUGCAGUAGCAUUUGGGGAUGGCAGUUCCCAUGGAUGUGUGUAAUGUCUGUGUGUUGAAUUCCCCGUGUCAAGCAUUUUUGUUUGGUUGGUUUUUUUAUGACCGCUUUGAUGCAAACCUGUAUUUUGUCUAAUAAAAAAGUUUAUGAAGUUUGAUGCCACAGAGGUGACACUGUGUUCAGCUCAACACGAGUAUGAAAAAUGACAGCUAGAAGGCAGCUCUUUCACUCUUCCAUCUUACUUCUUUCCUUCUCCAAGUGUCAUUGCCUUUUCCUGCCUGGGAUUUUCAGAUCACAGAGUUUGCAGGUAGUCUGGUGCACAGAAUUAGCCUGCCCCAGAGUCUGCAGGGAGCAAAGGGGUUCAGUGCUGUGUAAAAUCAAGCUUUUAGAGAGACAGCACCCUCUCCCAAUUUAAAUCUUUCUGUUACAGGCACCACUGUAGUAGGCUUCAACAGAUACGGCCAGACUUCCUUUUUGAACAGAUCAUUAUAAAAUGAUACUCUGCUUAUUUGGAGGGUGAGAUGAGUAAAAAACCACUUGCCUUUUUUAACCCCCUGAAGAAUGCAGACAAAGGCAAGCCCAGACCACUCCUCGUGAGCAGGUUUAAAGGGCACAGCACUGAAACCCUGCCCUUGUUCAAAUCUGCUGGCAGCUAGCCAAGUGAAAGCCUUUUGUUGAGUGUAAUGUGGCAUGAAAUUGCAAGGGUUUUUCUGCUCAGUGCUGGGUAUAGGAUUGUGAACCUUUCUGGAUUGCUCUGCACAGGGGCGACACCACUUGUCUCUUCAGUGGAGGUCUGCAGUUACCAAAGGAACCUGCUGACACUCAAUUAAGUAUUUAGCAGACUUUGCAGACCCCCUGCUGCUUAAUAAGAAACACCCGGAGAUUUUUCUUUCAAACACCAACAUGUUUUAUUAACAUACAGAGGAAUAAGAGGGAGGAUUGAAAAUGUCAGGUUUUCUCUAUAAAAUCACUCUUUCAAAUACAAAUUGACAGACUUGGUCUCUCUGACAGGCCAGCAGUGGGUUUGUGUUUGCAGGUGUUAGGUCAAGAAGCCAGCCGAACCCUGCAUUUCAUAAUAAGGCUCCUUUGCCUCUCAGUUUGCUGCAAUGUAUUCAUCCUGCCCGUGCCAACAUGGUCCCACAUCUAUAGUGGGUAGUUGCUUUGGCUUUGCUUUUGGAUAAUCCUGUCUGGCCUGGUUUCUUCAUGCUGAAACCUGUGGGUGGUUAAAACAUGCUUUCACACAGGGCUUGGGAUGCAGCAGGGGCGUGUGGGGAAGAGGGGCUGUGCCUGGUGGGUGCUGGUGAGUGUUUUACCCCGCUGCAUAGGAGCAUGCACAGGCCUGGGGACUUUCUGGUUGGAGAAUUCACCUGCCCAAGCAAAUAAAAAAGCAGGAAAGCAGUUUCCCCAGGGCAAGGGGGAGAAGGUGAAGGGGUGAAUAAACCAGGAGCUGACUAGUGCACCUGGGCUCAAUCUCAGCCCAGGUGUCAUGAAGAACAGCUUUUUUAAAGGUCAUGAAACCCAGCUGGUCACUCACUGACCUGCUGGUCACUUCCUCUAACUCCCAGGGGAUGCUAUGGGCCAGUUGUGUGU